AUGGCAUGGGCUCCCAAUGGGAGUGGUCAAAAUAAGAAUGAUGUUCAAGCUUGUGUUACAAGAAGUGCAGUAAAAAUGAAGAAUGUAGCUAAUAAGCAAUUAAGCCAAAGCUUUGCAUUUGCCCAUCAAGAUCAUUGGAGACCUACAUUGAAGCCCAAGACUGUCGAAUCUGAAGCCGAUGGGGGAGGAGGCCAGGGCUUGAGCAGUGUUUCGCAAGAAGAGGAAAACAGUGCCACCAUCAAUGAGGCACUCAAAUUGGGGGAGGGAUCAAGCAAUGGAUCGUUGGAAGAGGACAGAGCAGCAAUCGGCGAUGAGGAUGAGGAUGAGGAUGAUGAGGAUGCUUGGGAUUGCAAGAGCCUGGAUGAAUUUGAUGUCAUGUCUGCUGCUGGCAAUUCUCACUCUUCUGAAGAAGAGGAAACCAAAGGGAAGCAUGUGGCCUCCGCUGCUCCGGUCGUUAAUGCAGCCAAUGAUGCAGGCAAUGAGAUUGUGGAGGAUAUCUUCGACGCUCAGGAUGUGGAUGGAGAUGAAAAGGAGCUUCGAGCACCGAUAUGCUGCAUCCUUGGGCACGUGGAUGCCGGAAAGACGAAGCUCCUGGAUUGCAUCCGGGGCACCCAUGUGCAGGAGCGGGAGGCCGGGGGCAUCACACAGCAGAUUGGCGCCACCUACAUACCGGAAAACAUCAGGGACAGGACGAGUUUAAAAGCUGAAACCGCCAUCAAAGUUCCUGGUUUGCUCGUGAUUGACACCCCUGGCCAUGAGUCCUUUAGUAAAAUGCGUUCAAGGGGAUUGAGUAUGUGUGACAUCGCCGUGGUUGUAGUCGAUAUUACGCAGGGGCUUGAGAAGCAGACGAUUGAAUCCCUUCAUCUUUUGAGACGGCACAAUGUGAGCUUCAUUGUCGCCUUGAACAAGGUUGAUCGCCUCUAUGGGUGGAAGGAAUGUACCAAUGCACCAAUAGUUGAGGCACUCAAGAAGCAAUCUGACGACGUCAAAAGUGAAUAUAAAUGGAGGUUAACUAAGGUUGUAACAGAGUUUAAGGAAAAUGGCUUCAACACUGCACCAUACUAUGAAAAUAAUAAGAAGAAAAAAGUGGUUAACAUUGUCCCGACCAGUGCAGAAAGCGGUGAAGGUGUCCCAGAUCUUCUACUGCUACUGGUGCGGUGGCUGCCUGGCAUAAUUACAGAUAAGCUGGCCUAUGACGAUACAGUAGAGUGUACAGUACUAGAAGUCAAUGAACAUAAAGAUUUAGGAACUACUGUUGACGUAGUACUGAUUAAUGGUGUGCUGCACCAAGGGGAUCAAGUAAUUGUUUGCACUAAACAGGGGCCUGUUACAACCAUUAUUAGAGACUUGUUGACCCCUCAUCCAAUGAAAGAACUCAAAGCUAAGGGUGCAUAUAAGCAUCACAAGGAGGUCAGAGCUGCGCAGGGGGUAAAAAUUGUGGCACGGGGACUUCAAUAUACAAUGGCUGGCACUUCCCUCAUUGUAGUGAAGCCAGGGGAUGAUUUGCGACAAGCUGAAGCAGCUGCAAUGCAAGAGAUUGAUAUGGCCAUUAGCACGACAGAUGAGAACGAGAAGGGAACAACAACUCAAGAAGUUAGUAGUAUCGUGACUUCCAAGGAGGGCAUCUAUGUGCAAGCUUCUAGUGUUGGAACCUUGGAAGCUAUCAUUGCGCACUUGAAGAGCAGUAGUGUGGACAUUCCUGUUUAUGCUUGGAACUUAGGACCCGUCUACAAGCAGGAUGUCAUGAAGGCAAGUGCCAUGCUGAAGCGGAAAGAAGAGUAUGCGGUCAUCUUGGCCUUUGACGUCAAAGUGAUGCCUGAGGCUAGUGCCCUUGCAGCUGAAUCAGGGUUGAAGAUUAUUACUGCUGAUACGGUAUAUAGGCUCGUCAACAUCUAUACUGAGCACAUUAAGGGAUUGAAGGAAGCGAAGAAAAUGCAAUUUGCAGCUGAGGCAGUUUUCCCAUGCACCCUGAAGAUUCUGCCAAACCGUGUCUACCAUAGCAAGGAUCCAAUUGUUUGCGACGUUGAAGUUGUGGAAGGUGUCGUCAAGGUGGGAACCCCGAUAUGUGUCUUCACCCAGAGCAAGGAUAAAAGCAAGAAUAUAAUAGUUCAUAGCCUCGGAAGGAUCUCCUCCAUGCAAACAUCCAAUGGCAAUCAGAUUUUCUCGGCCAGGAAUGGAGUUGUGGCCAUAAAGAUAAGCGGUGACAGCCCUCAGGAGAAAUCCCGGUCUUAUGGGCGCCAUUUUGAUUCUAGCAAUGAGCUGGUCAGCGAGAUCUCGAGGAGAUCCAUUGAUGUACUCAAAGAGUGCUUUCGGGAUGAAAUGAGCGCUGAAAAUUGGCAGCUUAUCACCAGGUUGAAGACGCAAUUCAAGAUAGCCUGA